AUGGCAAAAGGUAAAAAUAAGGGACAUGAGGAGAGAUCAAAUCGUAAAAGUAAUAACUCUCGCCGUAACGAAUCCAAACAUUCUUUAUCUAUAAAAUCUACUAAAACUAAUUUUCCUGUGAAGUUAGCAAUGUGGGAUUUUGAUCAUUGUGACCCAAAACGGUGUAGUGGUAAGAAACUAGAAAGAACGGGUCUAGCACAGUCUUUAAGAGUUGGCCAACGAUUCAAUGGGAUGGUAGUUUCACCAAAUGGUAAACGUGUUGUUUCACCAGCAGAUAGAGAAACUAUAGAACAAUAUGGAAUUGCUGUAGUAGAAUGUUCAUGGGCUCGUCUUGAUGAAGUUCCCUUUAAUAAAUUGGGCGGCAAACCAAGCAAUGAAGUUCUGUUACCUUAUUUAGUUGCUGCAAAUCCAGUAAAUUAUGGGAGACCAUGGAGACUAAACUGUGUAGAGGCAUUUGCUGCCUGUUUAGCUAUUGUAGGUUUUAAAGAGUACGCUUCUAAAGUUUUAGAAGGAUUUUCCUGGGGACAUGCAUUCUUAGAGUUGAAUGAUGAGCUUCUAGAUAUCUAUGGAAAUUGUACAGAUUCAAUAUCUGUUGAAAAAGCACAAGAUGAAUGGCUUGAGAAAAUUGAACUAGAAAAUAAAGAAAGAAAGGAAAAAAUGAAUUCAGCUGAUGCAUGGCUUAUAGGGAAUACAAAUAGAAAAAAUUUGAACGAUUUCGAUAAUUCUAGUGAAUCAACUGAAGAUAAUAUUAGUACAGUAAGCUCUGCUGAUGAACGAUAUGAUGCCUUAGGAAACUUGAUUUCAAAUGAUAGUCAUUCGUUGAAAUAUGAUAGCUUAGGAAAUGUCAUUGAGUCAGAAGGAGAUGCACUACCACCUAAAUAUGAUAAAUUAGGUAAUAUAAUAGAGGAUAACUAG